AUGAAGCUCACCAUCUCCGUCCUGGCCCUUGGUGUCCUCGCCUCCGCGAACCCCAUCACGCGCCAAGCCUCCUCUCAGUACGAAAUCACCGACUUCUACGCCGGCUCCGGUCCCAAGUCGUCCAUAACAAGCUACAACUUUGGUAUCGCGAUCGUUAGCUCCGACGGCGCCGUCGCGAGUGAGGCCCGGUGCUCCACCAGCAGCGGCAGCAACUGGCACAACGGCUACAUUGCCCCCGUCUUCUCCGGCACGUGCGACGACGAGGCGGCCGGGUACGGCUUCUCGUUCACGAGCACGCGAACGCCCGAGCAGGGGUACUGGCUCAACAUCACCGAUGCCGUUGAUGGCAGUCACGCUGGCAGCAAGUUCUACUCGCAGUCGCUCGUGAAGCGUGUGCAGAACAACGCCAACCCGACCGACCCGGACCCCUUCCCUAACUACGAGCUCAGGGAGGCUGGGACUUUGCAGACCCCGCAGACUGCGGCUUAA